GUAACUGGAGAAUGCCUUUACCGGUCGACUUUUAACCUUCAAAGCAGAUGCGUCUUAUGUAGUGGAAGGCUCGAACUGAUUCUCGGCUCCUGAGAUGGUGGCCGUUGUCGUUGCUUGCCUGGCCGUCGUUGCGGCCGUCGCCGUCGCCGCCCCGCAGUUCGGGCGGCUGAGAGACCCUCGCUUCAUCGCCAUCGUCCGUGACAACCGUCAGGACCGAGGCGACGGAAACUACAAGUUUGAGUACGAGGGUGACAACGGCAUCUACGUGGAUGGUUCCGGCAAGCAGGGAGUCAGCGGCGGCAGCAACAUGGCCGGAUACUACAGGUUUCCUUUGCCUGAGGGCGGCGUCGCUGAGGUGCGCUACACCGCUGACGAGAAUGGCUUCCGCGUCCAGUCCCCACUGGUCCCCACGCCUCACCCACUUCCCGACCACGCCAUCGAGCAGAUCCGCAACGCCGAGGAGCAGCGCCGACGUGGCAUCAUCUGGGAUUAACCUUCAAGGCAUCUCGAAAAACACAAAUAGAAAAUAUAAGAAAAUUUAAAAUCCAUGUCCGGACUAGGCUUUUAUUUCUGUGUUUCCCACAUCUCAUUGUUUUAAUUUUCAUUAAUUUGGAACUAAUCCCAGCAUGACAUUGAAUAAACAGCAAAC